AUGCCUGCGACAGUGCAUAAUGACUUGUUAGUGUAUAAGGGCAGUAAUUUUUUUCGGCAGAGACUGUUGUUAGCUACUCUGAGUGGUCGUACAAUUAAAAUAGAAGAGAUUCGUAGUACACAUGAUGACCCGGGUCUUCGAGAGUACGAAGUGAGUUUGAUACGAUUGUUGGACAAAGUAACGAAUGGAACGAGGGUAGAACUUAGUGAGACGGGUACUUCAGUGUACUACCAGCCUGGUAUAUUGGUUGGAGGACAUGUGACACACAACUGUAGCACGCAGAGAGGAAUGGGCUAUUACCUAGAAGUUCUCCUAGCACUGGGUCCAUUCUGCAAGGAGCCAUUGAAUGUAGUCCUGCAGGGAGUCACACACAGUGACUUGGAUGUCUCUGUGGAUAAGAUCAAGACGGCGGCCCUGCCUGUACUGCUGAAGUUUAUAUUGGUUGAUGAUGGACUGGAGCUUAAAGUUGUGAGAAGAGGAGCGCCUCCUCUCGGUGGUGGAGAGGUAGUAUUCAAAUGUCCUGUGCGGAGAUCGUUGCGACCUCUGCAGUGGACACAGUGGGGACUUGUGAAGAGGAUACGAGGAGUAGUGUAUGCGCUGCGAGUGUCACCCACCAUGGCCAACAGGGUGGUGGAGGCUGCUAAAGGGGUGAUGCUGAAGUUCCUCCCAGACGUUUACAUCAACACUGACCAAUGUCGCGGCUCCAACGCAGGCAAGAGUCCUGGGUUUGGUAUCAGUCUUGUUGCUGAGACUAAUGAAAAGACUUACUACUGUGCUGAGGCUAAAUCAACAGACGUAGGUACAGGCGACAUCACGCUCCCGGAGGAUCUCGGCCGCGAGUGCGCGCAGCGGUUACUGGACGAGGUGUACCGCGCCGGCGCCGUCGACUCGUCCUUCCAGUGGCUGCUCGCUCUGUGGAUGGCGCUCGGACAGAAGGAUGUCAGCGAAUGUGUUGUGGGUCCACUCUCAGACUACACGAUAACAUUCCUGCAACACCUCAAAGAGUUCUUCGGCGUGAUGUUCAAGUUGGAGGUGCAGCGCUCUGAGUCUGAUGAUGAAGAUUCCGAUGAUGAGGGCGUCACACCCGCCAGCAAGAUCAAGAUGACAUGCGUCGGUAUAGGAUAUGUUAAUAUUAGCAAACGGACAUUGUAA